AUGAAAAAUGAUUUGGCAACUAAAGCGGAGUCAGAGCAUAAGGACUUUGAUGUCAUUAUAGUUGUUGGUCAGGAUCCUAACAUAGAAAGAUUUAGUGCUUGUUCCAAGACGCUUCGCGAAAGAUCAAUUUAUUUUCAUACUGCAUUGUCGAGUAGAUGGGCCAAAAAAGAGAAGGACAUUUAUUUGUUAGAAAAGCCGAAUUUGUCACCAGAGGUUUUUAGAUUGAUUUUAGAGUUUCUUGUUGACCGUAAAGUAAAGCUAAGUAGUUACAAUGGAAAAAUGGUGGAUUUAUUGCUGGCAGUGGAAGAAUUGAUGCUUGGUGAUUUACGUAGUGUGCUUCAGCACCAAACUAUUACCGGUACUCACAAGACAAGAUGGAUUUCGGAAAAUUGUCCGGAUUUACUGCGCAUAGUAGUCGAAUUCGAAUCAUUGAAAGAGCUUCGUCACGCUGUUAUAGGUUGGAUAUGUGAAAAUCCCUCUUGGCUUUACGAUUCACAUAACUUCGCGACAUUAGAGAAGUCAGUUAUUUUGGAAGCAAUCAAAAAUGAAAGAGAUUAUUUGGACAAUAUCCUAAUUUGGGACAUUUUACUUAGAUGGAACAUAGCACGUAAUAACACUAUUAGUUUAGAUACUUCUACUUGGUCUGUCGUCGUGUUUGAAGUGUUGAAGAAAAAUUUAAAGGAAUUUCUACCAUAUAUCCGAUUUGAUCUUAUAUCUCGAAAUGAUUUUCACAAAAGAAUAUUACCAUUUAGAAAAAUCAUUUCAAGGAAAAUCACAGAUCAGGCUCUAAGCUAUUAUUUAGAAGACACGGCUCAAUAUCCUCCAAAAACAACUUUAGACGAUUCAGUAAUAAUUAAUCAUAUACAUGCAGCCACGAUUUCGAAAUGGAUUAUGGGAAAAAACAUUGAAUCAACAAAACCUUUAAAAAACGAGUCACAAUUCAAAUCCCGUUUCACUAAACGUUACGAAUUCGAGUUACUUUAUCGUGCCGGUCGAGACGGAUUCUCUGGUAACGCAUACCAUAAGCAUUGUGAUGACAGGGGAAAAAAUCUUGUGGUGGCAAAGAUUGCAAAUUCACAGAUAAUU